AUGAAUGCUUCUAAUCACAAUCGACCUGAUAUAAUCAUUCCUUCACAACCACUUUUUCCACCUCCAAUUACACAAGAUCAAUUAAUAAUAAUUUAUAAAACUCGAGUUAAUGGAAAACUACCAAGAUUACCGACAGCAUUUAUAAUUUACAAAACUGCUUAUCGUCAACGACUUAUUGCUGACAAUAAUCUUCCACCUACACAUAUAUUCUCAUAUAUGGCAAGUAUUUCUUAUGAAAGAGAGCCUACAUAUGUUAAGAAUGCUUAUGUGAAUUUAUCUUCACAAUUACGUUCUGAAAGAUAA